CAAUUGCUUCUAUCUUCUCGAUGAACACUGCGAAUAAGACCUAAACGCUGGAUGAAGACGGCUGCUGAUGCUCUGCUGCUUUCCAUUGACGCUCCACGCACUGCUACUCUACAUUGACGUUCCAAGCACUCUUUCCUCUAUUAACGCUCGACGCACAAAGGCGAGGGAUGAAGGCUACGCACGAAGAUGACGCCUCUGCAUCAACCAGCGACGAAGGGACGGACGAAGACAAUGUCUCACCAUCAACCGGCAGCGAAGGGACACACAUUAACCGGCGAAGAGGAUGCACAGUUUGCUGCUCUCCAUUACCGAUAAUCAGCUCUCAUCUGUUCUAUGUUCCCACUCCAGUCUUGGAUAUUAUUGAUGUCCAGCCUAAAGAGCUUGGCAUACCUACUAAAGCAUACUAUGUUGUUGAGGAGGUCAAAGAGAAUGAAACUCAAAAGAGUCAGAAGGUCUUCAGAAAUUGUUGCUCAUGAAGUGGAAGAGAUUGGGGUAGAGCACUUGCUGAGGGAUGUCAAGGAUAGCACAAUCAGUACUCUUGCAACAGAGAGAAUAAAGAAAUUCAAGAUUUAACUGAUUUUAUUGAAGCUUGAAGAAUAGUGUGGUGAGAAGAAGCUUGAAGAACUAAAGUGCACUCAGGAAGAAGCUUCAAGAAGAACACUCAAGGAAUUCAUUCAACACUUCUUUGGGAGCAUUGGGGUUUCAAUGAGUGAGAACUCUGGAACAUCUUCCCCCCAGCUCAUGCAUAGUGGCAGCGCAUGUGGAGACAUCGGUGAAUCCCCACAAAUAGUGUGGUGAGAAGAAGCUUGAAGAACUAAAGUGCACUCAGGAAGAAGCUUGAAGAAGUAAAGUGCAUUGAGAAGAAGCUUGAUGAAGUAAAGUGCAUUGAGAAGAAACUUGAAGAAUUAAAAACUGCACUUUGAAGUGCAUUGAGAAGAAACUCGAGUCAUUGUUAUAAAUCUUUUGUUUGAAUAAUUAAAUUUAAUUCAAAUGUUUCUCGAUUGAAAUUAAGUGUUCGUAAUUUUUUCUAGGUUUAUAUGCAUUGGGAUGUAAAGCUUUAGUGUUCUACGUACUUGUUUUUAGAAAAAGCAGCCAUUAUCUAUUUAGAGAUAUAAUAUAAUAUAAUAUGAAGUAUAAUAUAUAUU